AUCAUAACAUCAUCGUAGUCGGAAAGCUUCACCACAAUGAAGCUCUCGUGUGCUUUAGUGUUGACCCUAACGAAUCUUGUGAUCGCCACCCCCUACAGUUUCAGUGUCAAAGGUAGCGGCGCAUCAGCGAAAGCGGAAGCUGCGACGUCUCCCUAUGGACAAUUUGGGGUGGUGAAACCUGUUGCCUCAAAGACUAGUGGAUUUUCGGGAACUUUCUCAAAAUCAUCAUCUUCAAGUUUAGCACCAAGCAGUGCUAGCUCAAGCUCGAGUGCGUAUAACUACAAUGCUGGGCAAAUAGGAACGGCUUCACUAGGAUACGGAUCUCAGGGUUUUUUCGUACCAAAUAAAAAUGUAGUGCCUCAGGUGGUCACAGUCCCACAAGCUACUGCAUUUGCUACGGCUGGAUCUAAUAGCCAAACAGGAGCUUCAGUAAAUGGCCAAGCCACAGGAUCUUAUUCUUCUGAGAAAGGAAACAAUUUUUCAGGAAACGCGAAUAGUCCUGCAAAUGUGCAGUAUCAAUCUGCAGUACCUGAAAACAAACCUAAUUCAUACGUCGCUUUAAGUUCAGGAAUACCCAGUAAUCAAUUAAAGCCGAAUAGUUUUAACACAAACGUACCUGAAAAAGCCAAAGAAACCUUCGGUGUGCAAAGCUUUUCAAGUGAUGUGCAAAGUGGCACAGCUGUUUUUUCAACGCCCGCAGCACCGAGUAAAGAGUCUGCUUUAGUUGAAAAUGCACCAUCUUACUCCGGUGGCUUUGGCGGACCGCCAGGAAUAUUAAGUCCUCAUGAUAAGAUUUCUUCUGUCGGUGGCAAUAUCCCAGGGCAAUACACUAUCGUAUCCUAUACACCCGGAGCAACGGUAAAUGUGCCCAGCAAACAACAAACUUUACCUGUAAGUACAGUAAAUCCAUUGUACGCUCAACACGGCUACCAAAUAGAGAACACAAACCCAACUGUCCAGUCAAUAAACAAUGAAUAUGUUUAUCAAACAGAAAAUUCGAAACCUUUGUACAAGCCUGACGUAAAACCAACUUAUUCUGAUCAAAACAAACAGACUGCGUCGGGCAGUUAUAAUUCCGCAUCAAGCGAAUGGCAACACGAUGGACAGCAUGUUACCUUGCAGCCACACGCUGAAAUUGUACAAACUACCCAAAAGGAAUUAGAGCAAGCUUCCCAUUCAACUGGCCAGUUUUCCUCGCACAGUGAAAAACCUUUGGCAAUCAACAAUGAUUCGAAACCAAUUAAGAACGUUCAAAUAUUUAUUCAGCCUAUACCUAGUAAUGCACCCCAAACAGUUUCCAAACCGGUGUAUUUCACUAAUACUCAAGUUGGUUCUGAAAAUAAAAAAGAGGUAAAACCAGUUUAUCAGUUAUCUUACACUGGUGGAUUUGGCGCACCUGCAGGAGUCUUAAAACCUUCAGGCCAAACUGUAUCAAGCGGGCAAACGUUUUCUUCGUCACCCGUGAAGGUUGAACAGUUUGAGAGUUCAGCUGAAAAAUUAACAGGGCCAAAGGAAACAACAUUGAAUACUGAUUUUGGAGGGUCUCUAAAUGAAGUUAAAGAAACUGCUCAGCCUUCUUCGCAGAGCACUAAUGAUCACUCGUUUGAUAGUGGCUCCUCCUCAGCUACUUACGUUACCCCCAAACCUUCUACUUCUAGUCUUUCUACUUCUUCUCCUUCUGAAAAAGUAAGUUAUGACUACGUUUCUACAGAACAAAAAGGCACAGACCAAUUUACAGGCAAGCCGUCUGAAAGUAGUUACCCCAAUCCAACAGUUUCAUCUUGGGCACAGAAUCCGACAGUCAAUUCUUUACCAAUAAGACCAGAAUUUGAAUUGCAGAAAAAACCAACCGGUCAAAAUUUCUUUAAUACACCUUCGCCUUUUGCCCCUGAGAAAGUUUUUAGUGGAGUUCCCGUUUCAAUAGAUAACACAAAACCAACAACUCUAUCUGGUAGUUUUGGACAAGUUUCUGAUGACGUGAAGCCCACUAUUCAAUCAACCAUCACUAAUAAUGGUUUUGCUUACUCUAAUAAACCUUAUAAACCAGUUGUUGCACCCACUACACCGUAUUUUCAAGCUACAAAACAGAAAGAAUCAUCUUUCGCAUAUUUCACUACGCAACCAACACCUGUAAAUUCCUGGCAGCAAUCUACAUAUAAACCAUCUGUAGAUGGUUCUACCCCUGGAUAUUUCGAUAAACAGGAGACGUCUCCUACAAAGUAUCCUUCAUUAACAGGGUACAACACUGUUUCCAAACAAUCGGAACAAUAUCCUAGCGGAACUUAUAGUACCGUAGGCUCAACUACUGAUGAUAUUCAAGUCACUUCAAAUUUAAAUCAACAGUCCUCUGGUUAUGGUAGCACAGUUACACAAGAACCUACAGCUCAAGUAAGUUUAGCUGGUCCCACGUUAACAAGUUUUUCGCAAGAAGCGUCCUAUAAACCGUCAUUUGAAAAUUCCUUGGCAGUAAGUUCUAUCCCUCAAUUAUCUGAAAGUCCCAAGACUUCAUCACCACAAACUUCUUCAACGGGCGCAUUUACUGUCUCAAAGGAAGUAUAUAAGGUUCCAACUCAAGUUGUAAGCAAUGCCGUCUAUCCCCCCGGUAGUGUAGCGUCAGUGUUUCACCUCAUUCCAAAUUCUGAGACAUCUCAAUUCCACGCCAAUUCCCACAACCAACAUCAACAAUCAACUAACUAUGGAGAUGCUACAUCUUUUGUGACACAAAAACCAACAAAAGUUAACUUUGUUGGCCAAAGUCCCGGUGUUACUUCUGGCCCCACAUCAGCAUAUUUUCCGCAGCAACCCAACAAACCAAUAGUCGCAAGCUCUCUAACGACUAGUUCAGUGUCUGGAUCAUACGUCAAUUCUGACGUAUCCCCAACGCAGAAACCCUUUUUUACCUAUAACUUGCCAAAAGAAACUGAGGUAAUUCCGUCUGACACCUCCAGCAAUGUAGAUUCGACAGUAGGGACCGCAUUCGAGUUUAAUUCCAAUGCGUACUCUGGAAAACCCCAAACUCAAUUUAAUAUAUCCCAACAAUCCGUAGAAUACAAACCUACUUCGUUUGUUACGCAAAAACCAACAGCUUCCGUUAAUCUUGCCAGUCAGACCUUUAGUACACCUGCUAUUUCUCAAUCUACAACAUUUUCGCAACAAUCACCAAAAAAGCCAUCAGAUGAUAAGUCUGAAGGAACUAGUCCAUCAAAAAAUCCUCAAUAUCAAAUUUACACGAAACCGACGACAGAAACACGGCCUCAGAAGCAAUCAAAUGUGUAUUCAAAUGCCUUUGGAACAUUAACAGGAGCAGUUAAACCAUCAAGCUAUUCUUCUCCUAGUUCAACUGGUUACCCGGGGUGGUCAUCUAAUUCCUGGUCUGGCCCUAGUUAUCUAACUGGAUCUAAUGACAAACCUCAACAAACAAAUUAUUUGAAUCCGAAUAAGCCUACAGUGAGUAGUUUACCAGAAAAAAAAGAGAAGGUAAUUCCCACCAACCCUACUGAAAAACCCUCCUUACCAGUUGCAUCUACAACUGUAGUACAACAAAGUUCUUCAAGUAUCACUAACCAGAAAGAAAUAGAACUAACAGCUACUCCUGCGUCAGGAUCUGGCACCACCUAUUCGAAGCCAACUUCUCAACCAAUUGUAAGCAACAGUGAAGUGUCCUACACUUCUUUUGCAUCUCCCAAACCGACGAAGCCAACAAAUCAAUUUUCGACAAGCAAUCCCUCAGUAUCUACUUUUGGGUCCUCUAUUUUCUCUCAAGUGAAACCUCAAUACCAGUUUUCUACGAUUCAGCCAGUUACACAGAAAAAACAAUGGUACACUAAUAAUUACGGAACAUUUGGAGCAGUAAAACCAUAUAGUUAUCCAGGUUUUACUUCUUCAUUUACUACUUUUGGACAGGGUUCAGUCGGAGGAUUAUAUGACAAAACGAAACAGACCACUCAAUAUUCUUCAACAGGUCAGUACAAACCUACUUCGACAGGUCAAUACAAUCCAUCUCUGACCGGCCAGUACAAUCCUGUAUCAACAGGCCAGUAUAAACCUACAUAUAACUGGGGAAUUGCGGGUCAAUCACAAUUCCAGAAGCCUUCUAAUCAGCCUACCCAAACCGGAGGUUCUUAUGUUUCCACCUACACACAAACUACAGGUAAACCAUUUGUAACUUCGUCAUCUUUCGAUAAACAGAAGGUCAGUGGCGGAGCUCCUGUUGUAAAUCAAAAAGAACCCAGUAUUUCAAGUAGUUUCGCGUCAUCCACUGGUGUCGCAAAGCCCACAAACCAACCUUCUGCAUUAUAUGCUUCCCAAAAACCGACUUCUAGUGGAACGUUAUUUGAAUCAAGUACUGGAAACCCUUCAGUAACAAAUGUUUCAGAUAAAGAAAAAGUUACCUCUUCCAUCGUUUCUACGACCUCAAAAUACGACGCACAAAAACCUGUUAAUCCUACAGUUCAAACGUUGUCCAAUACAUACGUAACGUCUUCUUUCAUAUCGGCAAAACCUACAGCAAACUUCCAAACUACAGGAACUCCACUAUUAGAAAAUAAACCUACGUAUACUUAUACUGUACAACAGCAAAGUGUUCCUUCUGAACAAACUGUUGCGCCUACUAAGGACGUUGAAGUUGGUCAGUCAAUUAAACCGGUUUGGUCUUAUUCAAAUCAAAAGGACUCUUCAUACACGAGUACUACUGAGGUAGCAACAAGUAAUUUAAAUCCUACCCAAUCUGUCGAUGGUAGUGAUAAUUCUCAGUUUGUUGACAAAACACAGGCAAGUCCGGUAAGACCGACAAGCUUUGUUAAUUUUGUUGGGCAAAAACCUUUGAACCCAUUUAAUGGACAAGUAGGUUUAACAAAUCAAACUCCUAGUCCAGGUGCGCAAAAUAAUCCGUCUUAUCAACAAUCAAGUGAACCAUUUUCAUCAGCAAGCAGUAGUGGUUCUGCAACUUCACAAUUUUCGCAAAUCCCCAGUACUGCAUAUUUCAAUUCUAAACCCGAUAAAGUUCAAUAUACCUUUGAAAAUGUACAAUCUGCUUAUAAACCAACUUCAGUAGCUGGAUCAAUUACCAGUUUUGCAAAUCAGCAAAAUACUAAACCACCAAUUACUGCCCCGUCCCAAGAAAACUAUUCAAAUGAAGCAGAAGCUGGUCCAACCAAGCCACCGGGUCAAUAUUGGACUCUUAACUCACAAUCAGAGCCACAGCAAACUACUUUUCAGACCACAAAACCAAAUAUAAAAAUAACUGUGGUAGGUAAACCUAAUAGCAAUAUUGUUAGCCCGACAUACUCUGGUGGUUUUGGAGGACCUUCAGGUAUUUUAAAGCCAAAUGAAUUUGGUAUAUCCUCAAACCCAGGGAAUACUCAAUCUCAAUUCCAAGCAGCUUCGGGUGCUUACACCGGUGCAAAGGUAGAUUCCAUUACAGCUUCGUAUUCAGGGGGAUUCGGAGCAUCAUCGGGUUUACUUAAACCAGAUGAGAAAUACAGCAUUCAGCAUGUCGGACAUAAUAAUCCCUCAUCAAAUGGAUUCCAUGCUGGCACAAGUCAAGGCGGAGCUCAAACAAGUUAUGUAGAACCUACAUUCUCAGCUUCAGGAGCUUAUGAAAACAUCAAAGAACAAACCGGCUAUGGUGCUCAAGUAUCCUCUGAAGUGCAAGGAACUUCUGUAACAAAUGUUGAACCUAGUACUACAACCAAUUCUGAAGUAAAUUCUGCAACUAAUGCUGCCGCAAAUGGAUUUGCUAAUAACAAUGCAUAUGCAAGCAGUUCUGGAGCGGUUAAUACUGGCACCACGUUUAGUGGACAAUCUGGUAGAAUAAAUGGAUUCAGUGCAAAUGCCAAAGGAUCUGCCACUGCCAGUGCAACAUCUUCAGGUUCCGGAGGAAGCAUUACUACUUUUAAUCGUCCUUUAAGCACAUUUACUGGUUCGCCUGGAGAUAUUGCUCGUCUCUUGGGCAGACGAUAAUUUUAAAUGAUAAAAAUGUAUGCGCCUACAAAACCUGACUUCGACGUAUUUCCUGCAAAUUGUGAAGUUAUAAUAUGUUUACAAAAAACCUUUAUAUAAUUGUUUCAUUGUGCCAUAGUCUUAAUUUGUUAAUCUUUAUUGUACACUAUAAAAGGAACCGUAUGUGAAUACUGUUAAAAAAUUUUACAAUUU